AUGGAACGAGCUUUCUUCGUGGUUCCCUGCACACAUGCUCCCGCUCCGCCCUACUCCGCCGCUCAAUCGUCUAGACCUAGAUCGUCUGCCAUACUCUGCUGCUCUACCGCACUACCCCAGUUGCCCGCCUUUCAACGCUCUUCCACACUGCUCCGCCUCCUUCUACUCUGCCAAGCCCUAGAUCACCUGCCCUUCUACGUGUUACUGUUUCAACGUGGAAAAAGUUCAGUACAAGAAUAUGAUGCUCAUGGUUUGGGAUAUUGGUGGGCAAGAAAAGCUUCAGACCUUGUGAAGGCAUUACUUUAAUGACACAAAUGGAUUGGUUUUAAAGGAACGGGACAAGAAUGAUCAAGAAAUGGAAGUCCAUAGAGAUGGAGAAUUACUAUAUUUUUUAGAUGGAAAGGCGGAAAAAAUGGGCAAACACUUGAAAAUCCUUGUAAAUUAAGCAUCGAUAUCCAUUGGGAAGCUCUUGAAGUUGCAUGCUAAUAUUUAGUUCAUGGUCAAUCAAGUUUCGUGUUUCUUCGGCAACUAGUAUUUAGUUUGAUAGUAUUUUGUUUUGAGUACUAGCACAACAUUUAGACACA